AUGUACUCCCUGCAGCACCCGCAAAUCGAUGAAAGCUUUCUGGACUCCGAAUCAACAGUUGAGGAAGUGGUCAGGUUGCUGGAAAACCUUCAAGUUCCAAAGGAGGAAGAUGACGAAGGGCAACAAAAAGUUGAAAAGAGUCCCAAAACUAUGAAAAUGACAGAGGAAAAUUUUAUAAUCACUGAAAGGAAAAACUCUUCUACUGUUAUUACUGCACCCGAAGAUAAUGUUUCCAAGGAAAGAUCAAGGCCUAGAACUUUCAAGCGUUUCGACAGGACUAAGGAUAGAUUUCCCUUUAUGCGUCAGGUGGAAAUGGAUCUGGAUCAGCGUUCUAAAGCUCGCUUAGAAAGAGAACGAGUGGCCCAAAACUUUCGAAAAUUAGGAAAUGCUGAGUAUCGAAAGGGUAACUACGAAGCAGCCAUGCACAUGUACACCGAAGCCAUUGAAAAUAUCCGGGACAGUUACAUCCUCUACAUAAAUCGAGCUCUCUGCUUCAUCAAAUCUGGCAAAUUCAAGCGGGGCAUAGUCGACUGCGAUUUCGUUCUGAACAAGCUGGAUGAGAAGAACCUGAGGGCGUGGAUGUACCGGGCCAUGGCCUACAAAGGCCUCAAAGACGAGUCCAACUUCGAGAACUGUGUUAAAUAUGCCCAGCAAAUUCAAUUCCAAGCAGAUGGAGUUCAUUGAUGAUUUCCUGGAAAAGCUAAAAUAAGAUUUGGGAGUGGAUGAUGAAUAUUUAGGGAUUCGGAAUCUUCGGCAAUGCUUUUAAAGUAGGCUAAGAAUAAGUUCAAUCUCACCCUGAGUAAGACGUUUCUUAAACUUUAAGAUGAUUCUUUAAUAU